CAGGGAGCCAGGGCUGCACUCAGCCCAGCACAGGAAGGCACCAUGAAGUCCCUCAUCGUGCUGACCCUCUUGGCCCUGCUCACCUUCGGCCUCUGCCGCAGAGCUGCCGAUGGCUCCACCAAUGACUCGCCCAGCUCUGAAGCCUUUGUCUCCAGACGUGCCAGCGCUGAGGUGGUGCAGAGGCAGAAGCGGAAUUAUGGUUAUGACAGCAGCGUUUAUGGAGCCCCACGGGACCCGCUGGAGGCCAAGCGCGAGGUGUGCGAGCUCAACCCCGACUGUGACGAGCUGGCUGAUCAGAUUGGAUUCCAGGAGGCUUAUCGGCGCUACUACGGCCUCGUGUAGCCCCAGCCACCCCCUUC